AUGAAGAAGCAACUGCUGCUAUUAAUGGAUCGCCGUGAUCGCAUUGUUCGGAAAUUGCUGCGCGUGCAGGAUUCAAUCGAAAAUGAGGCAGAACCAAACAUCCAUCGUCUCAACCUGCAUCUCGAAACAGUUCGUCGUUGCUACGAUGAUUUCGAAUCCACACAUGAAGCCAUUUUUGGCCAAGUGUCGGCAGAAGAAAAAGAUGACGUGGAAUCGGAAUAUGCUAAUUUUGAGAACUUGCACGACGGACUGUAUGUACGAUUGCAGACGAUGAUAGCCGACAUGAAGAAUGCUCCCGUUAUGAAUUCUGCCGCCCUUGAAUUUCAGCCCAAGCCACAGCCAAUUAAUCCGAUUGCUCACCUCCAGGUUCCGCUCCCUACAUUCGAUGGUAAGCUAGAAAAUUGGUUUUCUUUUAAAUGUAUGUUCCAAACAAUCAUGAAUCGCUACCCGAAUGAAUCCCCUGCAAUCAAGUUGUAUCACCUCAAAAAUUCCUUGAUCGGUGGUGCAGCUGGGAAAAUUGAUCAAGAUGUGAUCAAUAAUAAUGAUUACGAAUCGGCAUGGCGUCUGCUGGAAGACGCAUAUGAGGAUGAACGACUCAUCAUCGACACCCACAUCGAUGCAUUAUUAGAAUUGCCAAAGUUAUCCAAAGAAAACGGUGAUGAGUUGCGCAAGCUAGUAGAGGCUUUAUCGAAAAAUGUCGAUGCUUUGAAGAAUAGGAAUCUUCCUGUGGAGGGACUAUCGGAAAUGAUGCUGAUUAAUGUUGUUGGCAAAUGUAUGGAUCGAGAAACGAGGAAACUUUGGGAAUCUUCGAUGAAAAGUGGAACAUUGCCGAGCUACCAGCAAUUAGUCGAAUUCCUGAAGGAACGAAGCCGAGUUUUGCAGAAACUUCAAGGUCAAACUCAACAGCCAACCAACACAUCAGCAUCAAGGAGCAAGCAAGCAAAAGUAUUUGUGCAAUCGACGAGCGAAGCAUGUCCUUGCUGUAAAGGUGAGUCAUCCAUUUAUAAAUGUCUCUCGUUUAAGAAACUCUCAGCAAAGGAACGAUUCGAGAGAGUCAAGAAGGCGGGUCUUUGCUUUAAUUGUCUGCGUAAAGGCCACCGCACAGCUCAAUGCAAAACUGAUCAAUGUUGCAAAAGUUGUGGUAAGCCACAUCACACUCUCUUGCAUUUGAGCGAAACUACGACAACGCAAUUUGAAAGCUCUCCGAAUCCAAGCACAUCAACUCACCAAUACAACAAGAAACAAGAUGGAACAGCUGACACGCAAAUCGUUAAUUGCUGCACGCAAACUCAAGCAACUGCUGAACAGAUUUUUCUCUCGACUGCUGUAGUAUUGGUUGCCGGUGCUGGCAACAGGAAAAUCAAAUGCAGAGCUUUGCUUGAUUGCUGCUCCGAGGCAAAUUUGAUUACCGAGAAUUUAGCUGCAAAAUUGAAUAUCACACCCACCGAUUUGAAUCCACCGAUUACAAUCUGCGGAUUGAAUGGCAUGAAGACGAUGUCAUGCAAGACUGUUCGGACGAAAGUUUCGUCGCGAAAUCAAGCCUAUUCUGCCAAUCUGGAUUUUUUAAUCACCCCUUCGAUCACCGAGCUGCCUACAGGUAAAGUAGACGUUAAUUCAUGGAAUUUACCUCGAGAUUUUGAACUCGCCGAUCCUUCUUUUAACGUUCCACGCGAGGUGGACUUGAUAAUCGGCGCAGAAGUUUUCUAUGACGUUCUGAAGAAAGGACGAAUGAAAAUCGGUAACAACCUUCCUACUCUCGCUGAAACUGUGUUCGGCUGGGUUGUUAGCGGUUCAGCAAAGACGACAAAUAAGCGAUCCUCCAAGCGUGUUUGCCAAGUGAACACCACCCAUGAUGAUGUUAAUCGAACCCUUAUGAAGUUUUGGGAGCUCGAAAAUUGUUGUAACUCUUCUACUAUGACUGCGGUGGAACGCGCCGUAGAAAAGCAUUUCGAAGAAACGCACCGUCGUUCAUCUGAUGGCCGUUUUAUCGUGCGCAUGCCCUUCAAUGAUAUCAGGAAUCAACUAGGCGAUUCCUUUGAAACUGCCAAGCAAAGAUUCAACAAGCUAAUAAUGAGUCUUUCCAGAAAUCCUGCCAAGCGGGAACAAUAUGAGAAUUUCAUGAACGAAUAUCUGGCCCUCGGCCACAUGAAGGAAGUUAAUGACAGUCCCAAGGAAUGUUACUUCCUACCGCACCAUGCGGUCUUUAAGGAAUCAAGUUCCACCACGAAGAUUCGAGUCGUGUUCGACGCUUCGGCGGCGUCGUCAACAGGCAUUUCGCUGAAUGACACCCAAUUGGUCGGCCCAACGGUGCAAAGUGAUUUAGUCACUAUCAUUUUAAGAUUCUGUAUUCAUCAGGUAGUUCUAACAGCUGAUAUUCCCAAGAUGUACCGUCAAGUUCAGAUCCAUGAAGACGAUAGACGAUUUCAGCGUAUCUUAUGGCUCAACAAGAAGGGUGAAAUGUCUACUUUCGAAUUAUCGACGGUCACAUAUGGUUGCUCAAGUGCGCCCUAUUUGGCAACACGGUCGCUAAUCCAGUUGGCAUCUGAUGAAUCUGAAACAUUCCCGCUCGCGGCGGAAGUAAUUCGAAAAGACAGCUACAUAGAUGAUUUCAUUACGGGUGGCAAAACAAUAGCUGACGUAAUUGAAAUGUACAAGCAGCUCAACGAAAUUCUCGAGAAAGGUGGUUUUGGUGUCCACAAGUUCUGCUCCAACAGCGAGGAAGUUUUGAAAAUGAUUCCCGCAGAACUUCAAGAAAAGCAGAUGGAUUUUGAAGGAUCGGACAUCAACAAUACAAUCAAGACACUUGGACUGAUAUGGAAUCCGAGUGAAGACUACUUCGUGUUCAACGUACCACCGCUAGACAGCAGCAUCAAACCGACGAAGCGCAUAGUUUUGGCUGAAAUUGGACGUCUCUUCGACCCACUGGGAUUUUUGGGUCCAGUGGUGACUUUGGCGAAACUUACUAUGCAAGAACUAUGGCGAUUGAAAAUGGAUUGGGAAGAUGAACUUCCACUAGAGCAACUGGAAAUCUGGAAAUCGUUCCGGCAACAAUUGUGUUCAGUGAAAAAUAUUCGGAAGCAACGAUGUGUUAUUCCUGGAAAAGUGAAAAGUGUUGAACUACACGGGUAUUGUGACGCCUCUAAGCUCGCUUACGGUGCCUGCCUGUAUGUUCGAAGUGUAACUGAAAAUGAAGAAAUCGAAGUACGUUUGAUCUGCAGUAAAUCCCGUGUCGCACCACUCAAGCCUAUGACCAUCCCUCGACUGGAACUCUGCGGAGCCCUCUUGUUGGCUCAACUUACUAAGAAGGUGAAAGAAGCUCUCAACAUUAAAUUCGACAGUAUUACGCUUUGGUCAGACUCACAAAUCGUCCUGAGUUGGCUGAAGAAGAGUCCAUUAACGUUAAAUGAAUUUGUAUGCAAUCGAGUGGCUACUAUCGUAGAGCUUACUCACGAUUACGAAUGGAGAUAUGUACGAUCCCAAUGCAAUCCAGCGGAUUCUUUAUCCCGUGGAGAGCUUCCAGAGCAACUUUUAGAGAACGAGCAGUGGUGGACAGGCCCAGUCGCACUACACAAAAUGGAAUCGAUUGAAGAACCGACAUUUGAGAUUCUUGCAAUCGAAAGUCUGCCUGAAAUACGGAAAGUGAAACACACGCUGGUAAUGGCUCCAAAGCAACAACCAUUUGAUUUGUCACGUCUAAGCAACUUUAACCGAUUAAAUCGAGCAUGGGGCUACGUGUUAAGGUUCAUUGCCAACAAAUGUACCAAGACAAAGAAUUAUGAACCACUUACAGCAGAAGAGCUUUCCAGAGCAUCCCGCAUAAUUUGCAGAUUAGUUCAGAACCAAGCAUUCGGCGAUCUUAAAAAAGAAUUGUCAUCAGGUUCUAUGAAACGAAAUAACUACUCAAGUUUGGCACCAUUUAUCGACGAAGACGGAUUGAUUCGAGUUGGAGGUAGAUUGAAAUAUUCUGACAUUCCUUAUGACGGUAAGCAUCAAAUCCUUAUGCCAGAAAAGCAUCCUAUAACGGAAAUGAUAGUUCGUCAUCUGCACGAGAAGCACUUCCAUGUCGGGCACAGUGGCCUGCUCUCGUUCGUGCGCCAGUCUUUCUGGCCAAUCAAAGCUAAGGCAGUCAUCAAGAAAGUCAUUGGAAGCUGCUAUCGCUGUUUUAAAUGUAAACCUCCACAACUGCAGCAACACAUGGGCAAUUUACCAAGCUAUCGUGUCACGCCAGCCCCACCUUUCAGCCGUACAGGUGUCGAUUUUGCUGGUCCGUUUGUUCUCAGGGAAGGAGGACGAAAGCCGAAAUACUACAACUCCUACGUCGCAGUAUUCGUAUGUAUGACAACCAAGGCACUGCAUUUCGAACUCGUGACAGAUAUGCGGACGGAAACUUUUAUCGCUGCCCUUCAACGUUUUAAUGGUCGUCGUGGUUUUCCGUGUGAUAUGUACUCGGAUAACGGAACAACGUUUGUGGGAGCGAACCACGAACUUGCAGCCUUGCGAAAAUUAUUUGAAGAUCAACUCCACCAAAGAAAAUUAAAGGACUACUGUAGUUCUGAAGGCGUAACAUGGCAUUUUAUUCCGCCAAGAAGUCCUCACUUUGGAGGCAUCUGGGAGGCUGGAGUAAAAUCGAUGAAAUAUCUGAUGAAACGUGUUGUUGGCGAAACGCGUUUAACCUACGAAGAAAUGUAUACAUUCCUGGUCCAAGCAGAGGCAAUACUCAACUCACGUCCGUUAUCAGCGUAUUCGGAUAAUCCUAACGAUUUUUGCGCUUUGACUCCAUCACAUUUUUUGACUGGAAGAUCCUCAAAGGCAUUACCGGAACCAAGUUACGACGAUCUCAAGGUUGGAAGACUAUCAAGGUGGCAGCACAUUCAAAUAAUGCGUGACCAUUUUUGGAAAAAGUGGUCAGCCGACUACUUGCAUACACUCCAGACACGUCAGAAAUGGAAGGGCCGUGUGUUGGAAAUCCAUGAAGGCGCAUUGGUUCUUCUACGAGACGAAAAUAUCCCACCCCAACAAUGGAAAUUAGGUCGAAUCAUCUCAACGCAUCCUGGCAAGGACGGCAUCGUCAGGGUGGUAACAGUUCGUACAGCCAAAGGUGAAUACCAGCGUGCUGUAACCAAGGUUUGCCUGCUUCCUGAUGUUGACUCUGACGACUCAACGGGGGGAGUAUGA